ACCACUUUAUUCUGUGAUAAACCUACAUCACAGGCAUUGGAUUUAAAUUAACUGUGCAGUGCAGUCAUGGCUUUAGAAAGAAAGGUGUAUGUGCUCUACACCGGAGGAACAUUUGGCAUGAAAAAAGACAAGGAUGGUAAACUUGUUCCACAGCCUCUGGAAACAAUCGAAAGGUUCUUCAUACAUCACACUGUCCUUUAUGAGAGGAAACCUGAAGAAACUGAGGAAGAUGUCAUAAAACGCAUCCGCACCCCAAACGGCUUCAACAUACUAUAUCACCAGUUGGCUGAUGAUUACCCCACACCUCCCCCAGAAGGAAAACAGUACAAAAUCCUUUAUAAGUUUGAAAGCAUGCCGACGCCGAUUGACUCCUCAAAUGUGACCCCUAAAGACUGGAGUGACAUGGCUGAAAAGAUUCAGAACAACAUGGAAGCGUAUAAUGGAUUUGUUGUUAUCCACGGCACAGACACAAUGGCUUACACCUCCUCUGCUCUGUCCUUCAUUUUGGGGGAGAUUAAGAAGCCUGUGAUUGUUACUGGAGCACAGAUGCCCAUCUUCCAUCCUCGCACUGAUGGUGUGGAUAAUUUUGUUGGUUCGAUGCUGAUGGCGGCAUACUUUUGUGACACACCGAGUCUGCAGCAGGUGAUGCUUUAUGAUAUGAACAAACUGUUUCAAGGGAACCGAGUGGAGAAGUUUGACUGUGAUUCUUUUAGUGUGUUUGACAGUCCUGAUGUGUAUCCUCUGGCUAGUCUGGAAACCACAAUCAAGUUGAUUACUUCAAAAAUUGAACUGAAAAAAGUGGACACCAAAACCACCUGCACUGUGAAGAAAAUGUUCACAUUGGAUGGCAUCCCACAGGUGAAGAUCCUGAGAUUUUUCCCUGGGAUAACAGAAGAUUAUGUUUGUUGUGUUCUGAAUGGAGCUGCUGGAGUCAUCCUGGAAACUUAUGGCACUGGAAAUAUUCCAGAACGUGAUUGGCUCUUGAAGCUCCUGAUGGAUGCAGAUAAGAGGAAGGUUCUGAUGUUGAACUGUACUCAGGUGUACCGGGGCACUGUCUUACCCAUCUAUGGUUCCUCUGGGAUACUACAAAAAGCAAACGUUAUUCCUGGCUAUGACAUCACUCCUGAAGCAGCAACUACCAAAAUGGUCUGGGUGCUGAAUUCAGAACUCGAUCACCAGAAAAGACGUGAGAUACUGGAACACAGUGUGUAUGGAGAGUCCAGGGCUCCUCCAAUGAAGCUUAUUGUGAAUCCUGAGUGAAGACAGCCACUAAUAUAAAGUCAGCAGGUCUAAAUCACUGAUGAUCAAAUCUGCAUUAAAUAUUUAGGUGUGAUUGUGGGAUGAAUCAUGGAUAUCAUAUCCUAAAUCUGCUUGUUCUGAUACAUAAUAAAUUGAUUUGUUGCAUUAA